CGUGGCCGGCUGCCUGGGCCUGGAGCUGGGCAAGGUGGUCACUGAGAAGUUCAGCAACCAGGAGACCAGCGUCGAGAUCGGUGAGAGCGUGUGAGGGGCGAAGAUGUCUCUAUCAUCCAGAGUGGCUGUGGAGAAGUCAACGACAACCUCCUGGAGCUUCUCAUCAUGAACAAUGCCUGUAAGAUCGCGUCGCCUUCCAGGGUGACUGCCGUGAUCCUGUGUUUUCCAUAUGCCCGACAAGACAAAAAGGACAAGAGCCGCGCUCCGAUUUCUGCGAAACUUGCGGCCAAUAUGCUGUCAGUGGCUGGGGCAGAUCACAUCAUCACCAUGGACCUGCACGCCUCUCACCUCCAGGGAUUCUCUGACAUCCCAGUGGAUAAUUUGUACGCAGAGCCCGUGGUCCUGCAGUGGAUCCGGGAGAACACUGCCGAGUGGGACCAUUGUAUCAUAGUUUCACCUGACGCCGGGGGAGCCAAGAGGGUCACCUCGAUUGCGAACAGGCUGAAUGUGGAAUUUGCCCUGAUUCACAAAGAGAGGAAGAAAGCAAACAAAGUAGACCGGAUGGUUCUGGUGGGCGACGUGAAGGACCGCGUGGUCAUCCUCGUGGACGACAUGGCUGACACAUGUGGCACCAUCUGCCAUGCCGCGGACAAGCUACUCUCAGCUGGAGCCACCAAAGUUUAUGCUGUCCUCACACACGGGAUCUUCUCUGGGCCAGCUAUUUCCAGAAUAAAUAAUGUCGCCUUUAAGGCUGUUGUGGUCACAAACACCAUUCUGCAGGAGGACAAAAUGAGACACUGUCCCCAGAUUCAGGUUAUUGAUAUCUCGAUGAUCUUGGCAGAGGUGAUCUGAAGAACACGCAACGCUGAAUCUGUGUCUUACCUGUUCAGCCAUGGUCGCUAUAGAUCCCGGA